GUCGAAGAUUGUUGUAAGAGUGCGUGUAUUAGUAUAUAUAAACCGCCGCCAUUUCUGUCUUGCACAGUCCAAGAUGAGACCCGUUAACGUGCGCAUCGCUCCAGUGAAGCCUGGUGGAAUCCAGCGUUCCUUCUUCUGGUUCCUCAUGAUGGCGUUCGUCUUGAUCUUCCUCUUUCAGAUAUCCAUCCCGAUAGUCAUCUACAACAACCUCUGCAUCAUCCAGAGUCAACUCCCGAACAGCACCUUCUAUUCAGGACUUCAGGCAGGUAAUGAUGUGCAACCAGUAUAUUUCCUAAGCCUUCAUCAAGUGAUUGACGAUAACAUAGCGAUUCUGACCUGUUGGGGUGGUUCAUUCCUAUUUCUUGUCGCUUUCAUGCUAUUGGGAUGCAUGAGAUUGAAGAACCUGAUGGUAUAUUUCAAUACCAGAUGCACCUGCAUGCGUCAUGAUUUUGUUGAUGAUCUGGUGAUGAAAAGAGCCAAGGCUGAAGCUGAUAAUAUUAUGAAGAAUAAACUAAUGGCUGGAGACUUUAUGAAAAUGUCAGCUGAAAAACCGAAACAUUUCUAAACUUCUCAGUUAACUGGUGAAAAUUCAUUUAUUAAUCUUAACAUAUGUUUGCAAGUUAAAAAAUCCAAAAAAAAAAAUUAUGACAUAAAUACAUUUAUAUGUGAUAGACAUUACAGACUCCACUAUAGAUAAAGAUUAAGUAAACCAGAAAAAAAUUAAAGAUGGAAAACUGGCUCUUAAGUAAUGUAUUAAUUUUUUUCAAAUUUUACACUUAUUUUUAUUUUCAAUGUAACAAUUUAAGUUUAAUAUUGUAUUGACUAAAACUAACAAAUCAUUUUAUGUAUUGUUAAAUUUAAUGAUAUAAUAAAUUAAGUUUUGUUUAACAUGCUAAUUUAAAAAAAAAAAUGUAAUUUUUUAAGUUUCAGAUUUUAAAUGUGUUAUUUGUAAAAUAAUAUCAACUUUUUAGUCUGUUUUACAAUCACAUAUAAUGUAUGAAAUAAAAUAUUAAAAUGUA